CUCCUCUGAGAGACGAUCAGAAAAACGGAAUUCAGAAAGCAGCAACUACCACCAGAUCCUUUGGUUAGUUAGUGGAUUUGUACCGCUUUCUUCCUCACUACCUCUUCUAUGGCUUGACGUCAAUACAUCAGGAUUACAUGUAGCCAUAUGUGGGACGUUUCUACGGAGAUGCUACAAUGACAGCAGUGGUGCUGGCCCGCCUGGCGUGAUGAGUCGCAGCAGCCCCUGUUUGUGGACGCCCCUCCCCCAGGCUGAGGCCUCACCAUGUGACCGCUACAAGCACGCCUGCUGCACCUACCAGGGGGAUGUGUAUGUCCUGGGGGGCCGCAGCACCCACUGCCUGCGGGACUUCUGGAGCUACAGCGUGGUGCGUAACGAGUGGACACAGUUGCCAUGCAAAGGUGAAGCGGCACCAGAGGAGCUGGAGGAACACUCUAUGGUGGCCCACGAGGGCUUCCUGUACGCGUUCGGGGGGACCCUGGACGGUGCGUACACAGGUUGUGGGUGUCCACUGUGGGUGUUUGACUUGGGGAAGAACAAAUGGGUCCACUGGCAGGGAAAGAAGACUGUUUGUCGGAUACCGACCAACAGGAAGAGCCACAGUGCAGUGGUGUUUGGUUCCUCCAUGUUCGUCUACGGAGGCUACGUCGACAUGAGGGGCUCCUCGCAGGAGUUCUGGAGAUUAGAUUUUGACUCCAUGUGCUGGUCUCUGCUGGGCGGGGAUCAGCAGUCUGGCCCGGGCCCCAGACACAGUCACUGUGCCGUGGCCCACCAGGAGACCAUGUACCUGUACGGUGGCCUGAGGGGCCUGCGAGAGCAGAGGGACUUCUGGAGCUGGAACUCGGGCAGUCGCUCCUGGUGCUGUCUCAAGACCACCUCCGGUCCUUCCAGGCUAGUGGGCCAUACCGCGGUGGCCUACAGGGAUGGCCUGCUCCUGUACGGCGGGGGUCAGAGCCUGAACUCCCCCCUCAACUCACUGUGGAGGUACAGCUUCCGGAGCCAGUCCUGGGAGCGCCUGGCCCUGCUGCUCGGCUCCACUAGCCCUCCUGCCCGGAUCCACCACUGCUGCCUGGGGCUGGGGCCGAGCUACCAGCCCACCACCAGCCGAGGGUCCCCCCUCCCCAGAGUGGAAGCCAAACCCAGGCCCUUCAAGAACAAGUGCUUCCCCUCCCCGCUGUCUUACCUGGGGACGCAACCAGAGGGCGCCAUCGAGCUGGAGACUUUUGAGAGAACAGAGAACGGUUUGACCAUGCGCUGCCCUGUCGGAGAGGGGAAACAAAACUGUCUGACUUUUGAGAACCAGGCGUUCUGCAACCGCUGGAGCUGCGAGGACAUGGAUGAGAACUGUGAAAGAGAGGACCUAGAGGAAAUGAUGAAGGAUGUCAUUGUCCAGAACCUUCCGGACCUUCUGCUGCUCCUUGGCGGGAAGCCCUUGGGCCAGCAGGCAGCCUUGUCCGUGUGGCAGAUGACCCUGACCGAACCCUAAAUGCACCCCUACUCAGGUGGCCCUUGUAAAGCAAGAACAAAUAAAUCGUUGUUUUGUUGAUUUUU